GAGAGGCCGGAGAAGUCGGCAAGCUGCUCCUUCGGCAUGAUGGCGAACCUGUCGAAGCUUGAAUUGACAGCCAGCCCCUGUGCUGAGAUUCUGUCUUUCACGCCCCAGCACACCACCUCCUACGGUGGAGCUGCUGCAGCCCUGAAGGCAGCAGACAAGCUGCAGGCAGAGGGCAAGGAGGAAGAGGCGGAUGACAUCCGCACCGAGGUGCAGAAUAUUCGCAACAAGUUCGUUCUGAUUCAGCUCAUCACAACGGAUUGGUGCCCGUCCAUUUGCAAGGAGGCCAUGAACGAAGCCGGAUAUGGCAGCACAUGCUCCGCGCCACGUUUCCCCAGCUGGGCUCAAAAUGACUUCGACCACGAUUUCGGAAUCGGGGAGUUUGCAGCGAGGGCGGAGUACCUGGUUCGGGGCAUCGGCGGCGAGACGAAGGAGGCACUCAUGGAGUCCCGCACCCCGAAGAUGGGCCUUGCAGAGGGCACUUGCGAAGGCAUCUCGGAUGUGGUCUUGGACGAUAUCCUGGACGAUGUGUCGGACGAAACCCCACCCGACUUCUUCGCCAAGGCCACUGUCUAG